CGGGCGCUGCGGCUGCGGGGGGCAGGCGGCGGGGGCGGCGGCCGCACCAGCCAUGCCGAAUAAAAACAAGAAGGAGAAAGAGCCACCCAAAGUGAAAAGUGGGAAAGCCGGGAAGGAAGGAAUUGACUCCAUAGAUCCAGAGCAGAUCCCCAGUAGGAAGAACAGCCUGGUAGUCUCCCAGUCUUCCGCGGGUUCCAGUAAGACCAAAGUGCUGGUCAAUGCUCCACCCAUGGUGAAGAAGGACCGACGGUCCAGCUCAUCCAGGUUCAACGCCAGCAACAACCGGGAGCUGCAGAAACUCCCACCCCUGAAAGAUGUCCCUCCUGCUGAUCAAGAGAAGCUUUUUAUUCAGAAACUUCGUCAGUGCUGCGUCCUCUUCGACUUCGUUUCAGACCCACUCAGUGACCUAAAGUGGAAGGAGGUGAAGCGAGCUGCUCUCAGCGAGAUGGUCGAGUACAUCACUCAUAACCGCAAUGUGAUCACAGAGCCCAUCUACCCCGAAGUUGUCCACAUGUUUGCAGUUAACAUGUUCCGAACAUUGCCACCGUCCUCCAAUCCCACGGGAGCUGAAUUUGACCCUGAGGAAGAUGAGCCGACGUUAGAGGCUGCCUGGCCGCAUCUCCAGCUUGUUUAUGAAUUUUUCUUAAGAUUUUUAGAGUCUCCAGACUUCCAGCCUAAUAUAGCGAAGAAAUAUAUCGAUCAGAAGUUUGUACUGCAGCUUUUAGAGCUCUUUGACAGUGAAGAUCCUCGAGAGAGAGAUUUUCUCAAAACUACCCUCCACAGAAUCUAUGGAAAAUUCUUAGGCUUAAGAGCUUACAUCAGAAAACAAAUAAAUAAUAUAUUUUAUAGGUUUAUUUAUGAAACAGAGCAUCACAACGGCAUAGCGGAGUUAUUGGAGAUACUGGGAAGCAUAAUUAAUGGAUUCGCCUUACCGCUGAAAGAAGAGCACAAGAUUUUCUUAUUGAAGGUGUUAUUGCCUUUGCACAAAGUGAAGUCCCUAAGCGUCUACCACCCCCAGUUGGCAUACUGCGUGGUGCAGUUUCUGGAGAAGGACAGCACCCUCACGGAACCGGUGGUGAUGGCUCUUCUCAAAUACUGGCCAAAGACCCACAGCCCAAAGGAGGUGAUGUUCCUCAACGAGCUGGAAGAGAUCUUGGACGUCAUUGAACCAUCUGAGUUUGUCAAGAUCAUGGAGCCCCUGUUCCGUCAGUUGGCCAAGUGUGUCUCCAGUCCGCACUUCCAGGUGGCUGAGCGAGCACUGUAUUACUGGAACAAUGAGUACAUCAUGAGCCUCAUCAGUGACAAUGCCGCUAAGAUCCUGCCCAUCAUGUUCCCGUCCCUGUACCGCAACUCCAAGACCCACUGGAACAAGACGAUACACGGCCUGAUCUACAAUGCGCUGAAGCUCUUCAUGGAGAUGAACCAGAAGCUCUUUGACGACUGCACACAGCAGUUCAAAGCAGAGAAGCUCAAAGAGAAGCUAAAGAUGAAAGAGCGGGAAGAAGCGUGGGUUAAAAUAGAGAACCUGGCCAAAGCCAACCCCCAGUAUGCAGUGUUUAGUCAAGCCAGCACCGUGAGCAUGCCAGUAACAAUGGAAACAGAUGGGACUUUGUUUGAAGAUGCACAGAUGCUGAGAAAGACAGUGAACGAGGAGGCUCGGCAGGUAAUGGCCCAGAAAGACCUUCGGAAGGAGCGGCCCCUGGCACGCCGCAAGUCAGAGCCACCCCAGGACCUCCACACCAAGAGCGCCUUGGCGGCCCACGGCAGAAGCAACGAGCUCCUGUCCCAGGAUGGGCGCUAGCCCCGGACUUAGUGGGUGGGCUGCCGGCGCUGGGGGUUCUGUAGAAAUACAUCAUUUUUGUGCCA